GUGAGAGCUCACUGUGGACCACUUGAGAUUGGCCAGGGGAUUUUGAGAGGGUAAAAAAAGGAUGCAUUCUGAAGACUGUUCCAUAACAGAAAACAGCUCUUCGCAUCUGGAGAGAGGGCAGAAGGACCAUGGCACCAGCAUACACUUUGAGAACCAACAUGAAGGAUCCAUCCAAGUCCCCAUCCCUUGUGCUGUGCUGACCGUGUGCAUCAUCACUUCCUUAGUCAUAGCUCUCAUCGCCUUAACUGUGGGCCAGUACAAUUGCCCUGGCCUGUAUAAAAACUUGGAGUUACCCAACCACUGUGUUGCUUCCUGUGAAGAUGAGUGGGUUUCAUACCAGAGGAAAUGCUACUUUUUCUCCACCACAGCCAGGAGUUGGGCUUUGGCCCAAAAUUCUUGUUCUGAAGAUGGUGCUACUCUUGCAGUUAUUGAUUCCAAGAAGGACCUGGUAUUUCUGGAGCGAUAUGCUGGUGGACUGCAACACUGGAUCCGGCUGGAAAAUAAAGCUAAUCAGACAUGGAAAUGGGCAAAUGGCAAGGAAUCUAACAGCUGGUUCAACCUGACUGGGUCUGAGAAGUGUGUGUCUCUCAACAACACCAAGGUUGCUGCUAUGGAUUGUGAGGAGAAUUUACGCUGGGUCUGCAGCAAGCCCUCCAGAUGACAAGGGAGCACAUAUUUCUAGA